UUUCCAUCUUGAAGCUGGUUCUCAUUGCGCGGCAUUCGACGUGCGGAUUUCGUCUUUUGAAAUUUCUUUUAUUUUUAAUUGUGUUUCCGUUUGUCAUUCUGACUAAUUGUUGGUUGUUUUGCAUACUCAACUGAUUCAUUGAAAAAGAAAUAUUAAUUUAAAAAGACGACUUUUAUUACGAUAACAGCGAAAGAGGAAAAAAAGAAAUCCAUCCUUCUCCACCCACCUUUCUCUCUUUUACUUAAUCUUGGGUUUUACAAAUACUACACUGAACCGCCCUUCAUCGCAUCAACUGUGCACAUUAUUACUCUACUCUAUCCUCCUUACUAUUCUUUUAUUCAAUCAGCGUUUUCCUAUGGCCGCCAUGACAGUCUCACCUCCUACCCAGCAGAGGAUUGUUGACCUCAACAUUCAACUGAUGUGUCCAGAUUGCAAAAUUAUGCCUCCCAACAUCUCGGAGGAAUUUUCAUCAGGGGACCUGGUCUGUGCAGACUGCGGUUUAGUACUAGGCGACCGAAUCGUAGACACUCGAUCUGAGUGGCGUACGUUUGCCAACGACGAGGGUGAUGAUCCAUCCCGUGUUGGUUCUGCUGCUAACCCACUCCUGAAUGGACCGCAGCUUGAUACUGUCAUUUCGCAGCGAGAUGGUGGUUCUGGAGCAGCCAGAGAAUUGAACAGAACACAUGGUAGGGUGACCGCUGUCAAGGGUGAGCGCAAUCUACUUCAGGCAUAUAAGGAUAUCUCAGCCAUGUGUGAAGCUAUUGGUUUACCCAAAGUGAUCGCUGAUAUCGCCAAACAGCUGUUCAAGCGUGUUGAGGAUGAGAAGCUUUUGAAAGGAAAGCCGAAUGAAAGUAUUAUUGCCGCAUGCAUAUUCAUCGCCUGUCGACAAGAAAGUGUUCCACGUACGUUCAAGGAGAUCUGCACACUGACUCAAGUGCCCAAGAAGGAGAUCGGCCGAUGUUUCAAGGCCUUGAACGAUGCAUUCCACGAGACCAAGGUGCAAACUAUGACUUCACAAGAUCUCAUGUCGCGUUUCUGUUCCAACCUCGGACUGCCUAUGGAUGUACAAAAGUCUGCUAUUGAUUUAACAAAAAAAGCUAAGGAGGUUGGAGCAUUAGCCGGCAAGUCCCCUGUCUCUAUUGCUGCUGCAUGCAUAUACAUGGCCUCGACCUUGUUCAAUCAGAAUCGGUCAACUCGAGAUAUCAGCAACGUCUGUGGUGUUUCUGAAGUGACUAUUAAGAAUGCAUAUAAGCAUCUUUACAAAGAGCGAGCGAAAUUGGUGGAUGAAAAGCUGACUGAGAAACAGAUUGAGUCCCUCCCUUCGCCUUAGAAGGAAAAACUUCUGCUCUCAAGAGCUUCAGGGCGUAAACUAGACAGUGUAGCAGCAUGCUUUUU